AUUUGGCAUAUUACUGGGUUGGGUGGGGUGAGAAUAUCACAGUGGGUGUGCUAAUUUCUGAACUGAAAUUUGUUUUGAAGAUGAAGUGGUUUUGUUGAGAAGAAUACUUCAUACACGUGAAGUUAGGAAAAAGCAGAGUGUUGGGCUAUAAUUUAAGUCAAGUGUGCAAUUACUGACUGUUAUCUGGCACUGAUAACAGUGCUAUAUCUUUGGAUUUGGUUUUGAUUCAAAGGGGAAAGAAUCUGUUUUGUUUCAUACUCUGGCUUAUCUCAGGGAGAAGCUCGAAGCAGAACUCCUUAAAUGGAUUUUUUAAUAUUGAAGAGUUCAUGUCAGUCCUCAUCUUAUGAUGACUCUACUAUUUUUUUAAGCUCCUUUUUUUCUCAUUUAAUCCCGGUUGAGAUCUCUCUAAAUAAGAGCUAAGAGCUUAGGUAUUGACUUAUCUAAGCCCUUUACUUCAGAUUUAUGGCUGCUGUUAGUGUGCUGUGAGCAUAAGAACCUCAGCUAUUGAACUCCAGGCUUUAUUUACCCUGACUUUCUCCUGCCUGAGGGAAGUUCCCACUCAGGUGUAGGAUGGUGGUGUUGUUUUCUGAUGGUUUAAAUUGGUGUUAGAUGAAUGUUACCUGUCUGUAUUUUGGCUUCUACCUGGUGAACAAGUGGCUGCACAGGAAUCAAACCAGAGCCCUGCUGAGCUAGACCUGAUUUCCAGGAAUGUUGUGCUAAUUUGAUGCAGGGUUUUACCAGAAACUUUUCCAUAAAAAUGGCUUUUUAGCCAUGUUCCCAAUGGAACUAAGACUUCAGCAAAUGUUUGUUUGGCUGUUCACAAAAUAACCUGUUCUUUGUGAUGCAGAUACUUAAAUAACUGCAAAGUAAACCAAAGUGGUUGAUUACAUUUAAGUUACAUUUGUAUUCCUGGAAUGACAGAUUACAAAAACAAUUUUGGAUUAUGGCAAAGACACUGGUAAAUGUUUGACUAAAGUUGUCUUUUAUUCUGAGCUGUAUUUUUGAGAAUUAAUUUUUUUCUAAUAAUAUACAGAACCACAUACAAUAGUAACUAUGGCAGGGCAAUGGCACAAUUAUUGUGUCAGGUUUUAAACCUCAAAAGACGUUCAGCUUUAUUGCCAGCAAUGACCAGAGUGCCUCCCAGCCGGUGAGUAAUGCUUCUCUGAAAUGAUACAUUUACUGUUAGGAGGAGGCUUCAGUGUGGGGAUUUUGUAAGUUUGUUCUCUUCCCAGGUUUUUGUAAGUUUGUUCUCUUCCCAGGUUUUUGUAACUUUGUUCUCUUCCCAGGCAUGACGGAGACGGUUCGGAAAAUCACCCUGAGUCGGGCCAUGAGAACCAUGCGAGAUCUGUUUCCCCUGGAGUACAACUUCUACCCUCGGUCCUGGAUUCUGCCAGAAGAGCUGCCUCUCUUCGUGGCCGAGGUUCGCACGAUGAAAGACAGCAAUCCAUCCUGGAAGCCCACUUUUAUUGUGAAGCCUGAUGGAGGCUGCCAGGGGGAUGGAAUCUACCUCAUCAAAGACCCAAGUGACAUCAGGCUGACAGGGAGCAUCCAGAGCCGGCCAGCUGUGGUGCAGGAGUACAUCUGCAAACCCCUGCUGGUGGACAAACUGAAAUUUGAUAUUCGCCUCUACGUCCUGCUGAAGUCCUUAGAACCCUUAGAGAUUUAUAUAGCCAAAGAUGGACUUUCUAGAUUUUGUACAGAGCCCUAUCAAGAACCCACUCUCAAAAAUUUGCACCAGGUUUUUAUGCACUUAACCAACUAUUCACUCAAUAUCCACAGUGGGAAUUUCAUCCAUUCUGCCAGUGCAAACACUGGCAGCAAGAGGACUUUCUCAAGCAUUCUGUGCAGACUGUCUUCCAGAGGAGCUGAUGUCAAAAAGCUCUGGUCAGAUAUAAUUUCAUUGGUGAUUAAAACAAUUAUUGCACUGACACCAGAACUGAAAGUUUACUAUCAGUCUGACAUACCAGCAGGAAAACCUGGGCCAACUUGCUUCCAGAUUUUAGGGUUUGACAUUCUCCUGAUGAAAGACUUGAAGCCUGUGUUACUGGAAGUAAAUGCAAACCCCAGCAUGAGAAUAGAACAUGAGCAAGAGCUCUCUCCUGGAGUGUUUGAAAAUGUCCCAAGCCCUGUUGAUGAAAAAGUGAAAGUUGCUGUCAUCAGAGACACCCUGCGGCUGAUGGACCCCCAGAAAAAGAAGAGGAAGGAUGCUCAGUGCCAGAGCCCGGAGCGGGCGCCGGGAGCGGGCGAGGAGCCGGACGCUGCCCCCAGCCCCGAGGCCGCUCUGCCCUCGCUGUGCCUCAAGCAGGUGUUCCCCAAGUACGCCAGGCACUUCAGCUACCUGCGCCUCGUGGACAGGGUGGCCGCCCUGUUCAUCCGCUUCCUCGGGGUCAAAGGCACGACCAAGCUGGGCCCCACGGGGUUCCGCACCUUCGUCAGAAACUGCAAACUGAGUAACAGCAAUUUUUCAAUGGCUGCUGUAGAUAUCCUGUAUAUUGAUAUCACAAGGAGGUGGAACAGCAUGGGCAUUGACCACAAGGAAUCAGGAAACCCAGGAAUGUGUCUGCAAGCCUUUGUGGAAGCUUUCUUCUGCCUGGCCCAGAAGAAGUACAAGGCGCUGCCUCUGCACAAGCAGGUGCUGUCGCUGCUGGAGCUCUGCGAGUGUCGCCUGGCCGGCCUGCACGGGAAGCGCCUGGUGUGGGGCUGCGGCCUCGCCCAGCCCCGCGGAGCCCUGCGGGCCACGGGCACCGCGCCCGGCCCCGGCUGCGCCAGCCCUGCCCGGCCCCACGGCCACCAAGUGCUCAGACUGCAGAAACCAUCGCAGCUCAGGGCGCUGAUGUGCCGGGACAGAGCUGGGAGUUAAUCCCCAGCCAGGUGCGUGUACUGCCGGAGGAGAGGCUGGCGCUGGAAUCCCUUCGUUUCAGAGUGACAACUAUUUAUUUUCAGCUGUAUCUUUUAUUUAUGCUUUUCAAUAAGUCUACUGCAACCUCCCGUUUUCAAAUAAUGACUCUGGCAAUGGCUAUUUCUUCACCUCUCUGUGGGAUUUACCGUGCACAUCCCGUGACAAACCGUGCAUUCAUCCUGAGUGUGUGGAAAAGAAGGACCAAGCCACAGGGGAUGAUAACCAGCAUCACGGGAUUGGCUGCACUGACUGAGGCACACUCGUGUCAAAGGAAUUACAUUGCUUUGUGUGCACAGGACAUGUCACAGCAACCAAGGGGAGAACUGCAGUCACAAAUACCAGACUGGAGAACUGAAAUCUGAAAUUGCACUUGUGGUCAGACUUCAGGCCUUGACUCUCUUCUUUCCAUGGCUUGGACUGUAGGAAUGAAUACAGAUUUGAUCAAUAUCUAUGUACUUAUUUUUUAAAGUCAGUCUUAAAGCACUGAAAUAAUAUUUUGGCUUCUACUUCUUUGUACAUGUCUUUGCCAUGACAAGUACUGUUAGUUUUUUAAAGAAGAACUAAAACUGUUUAUCCUUUUGCUUCCACAGAACCAAUAAGCUCACACUUAUUCACAGAGAAAGAUUUACUUUCUUAAGUCUUAAGUCAAAUUUGGUGAAUCAAGUGGUGGUUUUGUCUUCAGGGAUUCAGCACUGCUUCUGCAGAAAGCUGUACAGUGUAAAGGCCUAAGAGGUCAUCCAAAUUCCAGUGGAACCAACCCUGUCACUGACUUUAGCCUAAACUAACCGUAUUCUAGGUUUGCUCAUUUUUUGUCUUUUGCAUGAUUGUUACCCUCUUGGGACCUGCAGUAACAUCUAGAGCAGAUCUUUUUUGUGUCUUUGCUCAUAUGCUUCGUUUUUCCCUUAAAUAACAGUGUAACUCUGGAUGAAUUAGAUCUAAGGAUGUUGCGUCAGAACUGCUGGAGUUGGACAGAGGGGUUUUAUUAUCCAGGAAAGGAACCAUGACUUCCAUGAUCACACACUUCUUGUAGGGGCUAAGCAGAACAUGAGACUGGCUUGCAAGGACAGGAAUAACUUGGAACUUCAGGGGUGAAGUGAAAUUCUUUGUGGUCUCCCAUUUAUUCCAGUAAUGAAUGGCUACAUCUGAGCUUGAUUUUCCUCCUUAGCUCUCCUCUUUAAUGUUAAUGACUUGGCUUAUGUUUUAGUGUCCUCCAUGCUAUCAGAAAUGGCAAAGCUGUGAGACGGGCUCUGAGCUUUGGCUUGGAGAACAUUCCCUGAGCUCCAUGUCAAAAUGUUCCAGUGGCUGGUGCCCCCGAAACGUGUCACUGAGGGGGGAGUCCACCUGUUCCAAGUCAGGGACUAAAUGCACACCUGGUGCAUCAAGUGAGUUUUCACUUCAGGGAAUGUUUGUAGAGUAUUUUUCCCGAUUUCAGUUUUAAGCAGCAUGUGUUUUUCCCAAGUGGCAAUAGCAGCACAGCAAUGCAAUGCAGGAGUCAGGCUGAGCCCACACAAAACUAGUCCCCAGCAUGUGUUAAUCUCAGAUGUGGGCAUCCCUUCUCCUUAUCUUUUUCUGUAAGACAAAUAAAAUAGUAGUAGAUGAUCUUUUUUAGUUCAACGGCCAGACUUUGAAAUUUUAUGUAAUGUACAUAAGAGGACAAUUGUAGACUAACUAAUGCCACUGCCCUCAGCCUUGUUCAAAUGUCAUAAAGAUUAUUGCAGUAUGAAGAUAAAAUGCAGAACUCCAAAGUCUGGCACCUGUCAGAACAAAUGAAGCUGAAAGGGUCAUUUUUUUCACACUUUCAUUGUAAUAUAUUUGAAGACAUUCACAGGUUGAAAAAUGGUUACUUCUCCUUUUGUGACAUCUGACAUUUGUCUUGCGAUUGGCAGUGUGUUACUGGAAAAUAGCUUACAGUUCCUCUCAUCUCAUGAUUGAUGUCCUGUAAAGACAGAGUUACAGAGGAGUCGGAUUUGAAAUGCUAUGACUGCGAAUGCCUUUCCCUGCACCUUUGAAGUACUACGAUGUGUGGCCUGAAAUAUCCCGGUUUGGCAAUUGUAUAACUUACCCUGAUAUCAGUGGAAUAAAUUAACUAUUGUAUAUUGAACACUGAUAAGAUCUCUCUCUCUAUGGGAGACCUUUAUACUCUCUGGAUCUAAUAGAGGUUUUUAUAGCUCGUGCAUCCACAGGCUGAUGCUGCAUGCUCUAUUCAUCUCCCACUUCAAAUAUGAAAGGUCCCUUGUAGAAUAGUCAAAAUAUUCAAUUAUCUGCCUCUAGUAAUCCACUGUUCAUGUAUUUAUAUAAUUGGAAAAUUGAAUGCUAUAUUAUUCUCGGGGGGGGGGGGGGGGGAGGGAAUAAACCAGGAAUGUACUUUGGAGAUUUAAUGGCAGUCACAUUUCUCUUCCCUCCUGUCUAAUUCAAUUUCCUCUGAAUAUUAUUUAGCAUCCAAUUGCACAGAGCCUUUAAGUUACCAGUCUGUGCCCAUGCAAAUGACCAGAGACACUUUAUCCAGGAUAUGAAUGCUAAUGCACUGAUAAUCUGUUAAUCCUGAGGUACCUCUCUAGCUAAAGAAACAAUACAGGAAAGGCUUUGGAUUUUUAACAGCACUUUUGUAUAUAUUCUCUUCAGAGAAUACCACAGCACUGCACUCAUGAUUCUAUUUAUGACAUACAUGAUAUGAAUAUUGUAUACCAGUGAAAUCUUUCUUGUUAUCAGACACACCGGGUCUGGUAUCCCUUUCUGAGUAGAAAUCAGAAUAAAACAACAUCUAACAAAAAUUUGA